AUGAGUGUGUGUGCCUGUGAAACUCCAUACCUGGCGGAGGAGACUGCUGGAGACUCUGUUGUUCUUGGCUGCUGUGCUGCUGCCGACGAGUGGUGACUGCCCCAAAUCAUGCGCCUGCUACGUUCCUACUGAAGUGCACUGCACCUUCAGAUACCUGACCGCAAUACCUGACCACAUCCAGCCAGCUGUGGAAAGAAUUAACCUGGGGUGAGCUUGGGUUUUCUUCUCAGCUUUGAGCAGAAUUGAGAAUGAGUAUUGCAGAAAAUCCCAUGGGAACAGUUAUUGAUUGACUGUUAAAGCCACAGGCUGUGUAAGCAGCAGCUACAUUACAAAGAGGCUUAUGUUGGCUACUGCUUCUUAGAGUUUAAACUAACAUACCGAGCUAUCAACGAACAAUGAUGGUUAAAAAAAGGACAAAAAAUUACAAGAGAAAAAAAAAAAACUUCAAGAGGAUUAAAAUAAGUUUCACUGGCAAUGACAGUCACUAGCAAACUUUAAGCUAGCUUGGUCUUAAGCUAGGUAAAGUUAGCAAGCUAAUGGGUUUUAUGAAUACCUUGAAUUGGUUUAGGGUUAGGGUAACAAAACUUCAACUGGAAUUUCAAAGGACAAACAACAAGCUUCACUGACCAUUCAAACCUGAUAUUAGCUAUAACAUCAGCUAGGAAUUUAAAAGGUCCACAUCUAAAAGAUCGUGCAGGAUUUGCUGUAUUGACAAUGGAGAAAUUACAGUAAGGUCCGGCUGCUAAUGUACCCUGUAGCAUUGCCUUAAGAUUCACAUAACCCUUUAAAAAAUGCAGCUUUUGAGCUGAAACUUGUUAAAAUGUCUUUUGCAAGUCUAAAAAUGUCUGACAAAGAGAACCAGAUGUUAACAAUUAUGUCUCUUUCUUUACUGAAACAAACGAGGAGCAAAUUUUGGAGUCACCAUGCCUGCAGGAAAUGUGGGUUUGUGCAAGAAUCCUUUUUUAACCUCUCAAACGAGGAAAAUGGCUGAUGUUUUUACUCUUUUAUUCGACACAGCUUUUAGGAGGUCAGAACAUUCAACAGUGGUAUCUCCAUACUUAUUAAAUAAACUUUCUUUAUUGCAUUAAAAAUGUCAGUUAUGUUUCCUGUCCUAAAAUUUGUGAAAUAUAUAUCACUCGACAUGCUUCAUCACAGCCACAGCCUGAAGUCUCUUCAUUCCUCUGCUUCCAGGUACAACAGUAUAACUAUACUGAGGGAAAAUGAUCUCUUGGGACUUGAAAACUUGGAGUUGUUGAUGCUACACAGUAACACUAUCCACAGUAUUGAAGAUAGAGCCUUCCAAGACCUCAAGUCCUUACAGGUAAAGAAAUGUGUUUCUCAGUCCUGAAAUUCUCACAAACCAAAAGAUUUCACACAGGAGCUUUUAAAAGAUACUUGCAAUGUCUUGAAUUUCCUCUCACAGGUCCUGAAGAUGUCCUUCAACAAAGUCAGGGAAAUCAGCAAAGAGACUUUCAAAGGCCUGGAUAAUAUACUGAGACUCCACAUUGACCACAACAAUAUUGAGUUCAUAAACCCAGAGGCUUUCUACGGCCUUACCAAGCUACAGUUGGUCCAUCUGGAGGGUAACCACCUCCAGCAGCUCCACCCAGACACAUUCAUCACACUGAGACACAGUGGGGUGUUCAAGGUGUCCUCAGUGAGAAAUAUCCACCUGUCAGACAACCUCCUCACCACUCUGCCCGCAGAUAUUUUCUCAGGCUGCAGCCAGCUAGAGAACCUCUUCCUCCACGGAAACCCGUGGAUGUGUGAUUGCCACAUGAAGUGGUUCUCAAAGUGGUCACAGAAGAACACAGGUGAGGAGUGUGUCUCUGAAAGCAUUUAGAGAGGUGUGAUGUUGUAAAAGGUUUACAAGAGAAGAGCAUCCCUUCUUUCUGAAUGAAGGAAUUUACCUAAACCGAACCUUUGUCAACAUGCAUGUGCUUGCAGCUACACAUCUGGUAAGGUUGCUAUUGUAUUUGUACUUCAAAGGUUGUUCUACGCAGACUUUUGAGGUGAUAUUUUUGUUCCCCUGCCAACUAAUAGCAUAUGUGAUUCAAUCUAAAGCAAAAAAGAUGUAUGAAAGGGAAAAUAUUUAAGUCAGGAGCACAACUGUGGGCAAUAUAAUAUCCUUCUCUUAUUGUGAGAGCUAUACCGAACACAGAUGAACAGAUGUUAUGACGUUUAUUCAUGACUUGUUAAUGUAAAACACAACUUGCAGAUUAUCAUUCUGGAUAGUGAUGGUCAACUUUUUCCAGCAACAGGUUUUACAGAUCAGUUUGAUCUGCUUGAGGAAACUACAAAUGUCUUUUUCUAGCAUGGCAACAACUACAAUCUAAACAGCUCGAUUCAAUUGUUCCCAGGUGUGCUGAAAUGCAAGAGAGACCGGAGAUAUCCAAGAGGCCAGCUGUGUCCCGUUUGUGAAAAUCCUGCCCCGUACCUCAACAAACCUCUCUCCCUUCUCUCAAGUGAUGACUUUGUAUGUGCCAAACCUUGGAUCCAACCUCAUUUAAAGCAGAAAAACAUCAGCCUGGACGAGGGGGACUUUACUCCAGUUUCCCCAAAGGACUUCAUUGCCCCUCUAGGCUCCAUACAAAUGAACCUGACAGACCAGUUUCACAGUGAUGCCAGUCUGUCCUGCACUGUCCAGAGGCCCUCAGAGUUUGAAGAUCUGACCCAAACGUUGGAGCAAGAGGAGGGAUACAAUGUCACAGCUCUUACUACUGGCAUCACAACAUACUUGGUGUGUAACGUUGACCACGAACACAUACAGCAGUUAUGGCAGAUACUGGCCAGCUACAGUGACUCUCCAAUGAGACUGGAGAGAGGCGUGAUGCUCGCAAGAAGCCCUGAAAUGAUUUACAGGUAUAGUCAAACGAAAACAGAAGAAGAAGGGGAAGAAAUCCACACAAACAUUGAGGCUGACAUUAAAGCCUCACCUGCGUGGUUGAUGCAGGGGGAGGUUAGCUUCCAGCUUGACCGGACAGCGACCACUUUUUCUACUUUGCAUAUAAAGUUCCAGUCUGUUGUCAACCUGCGUGUGGAAAACAGAUCACCCAGGAGGGACCGCUAUUCUUGGACGAUGAUAAAGAGAGAUAAUCAAACCAAGACUGAGCAUACUGUACUUACAGGUGGGAAUUAUCACUUAACCUUUAAUACAUAGUUGUGGGUGAUAUGAAAUAAACUUGUAUUUAAAUAUGAUAAAUCCUAGCUGAUGUUUAAAAGUUGUGCUACAGCAUGGAGCAUUUUAAAAUUGUUCUCAAGACAACAAAAUAUGAAAGAAAUACUCAAUUCAGUAAAAUAUUGAUUUUAUCUUUAACAUAGGUGGUGUGACGCAAUUAGACUGCCAAAUCCGUGGAGAACCAAAGCCCAUGCUGGAGUGGAUUUUACCUGAUGGAAGUAAAGUAAGAGCUCCUUUCUCCAGUGAGGACAGCAGGAUCAUUAUCAAUGCCGAAGGAAAGCUCACUCUCAGGGGCGCAGAUGCCUCAGACACAGGCCUCUACAGGUGCAUUGCCACAAACUACUUGGAUGCAGACAUCCUAAUCUUUAGAGUGACAGUUCUGUCCCCGGAUGUGGAAGAGUUCGAGGUCAACGGUGUUCAACUCUCACAGCCACUGGGGGGUAAUCUGGCUUUGGAUUGUAGCUCUUCAGGAAGUCCCAAGGCCUCUGUACAGUGGAUUCUCCCUGACCACUUGGUACUGGACAAAUCUCAAGGGAAUAGGAAAGUAUUUGAGAAUGGGACCUUGCUGGUUCAGGAUCUCACAGAGAGAGAUAGAGGAUUUUAUAGGUGUUUGGUUGCUAAUGACCUGGGAGUUGAUCUUCUUGUGUCUCAGGUGACAGUGACUGGAGAAAGUCCUGGGACAGUGUUGGACGAAGGGGGUUCAGGAAUGGAAAUAGAGGAUAAUGUUGACCCUAGCUUGGCUGAAAACACAAAUACUCCAUCAGAGAUCCCCUCUUCCAGUCCAUAUGACAGAACUAGUCAGGAAUCCAGAACUAUUACCUCAGAUAAACCUUAUCCUCGACCUAGAUCACGCGGUAGAGGUGGUGGAGGUAGACUUGGACAGAGGAGAUCUGGGCACUCCAGCAGUCGCCGUAUCUGGAGUAACAGGGUCUUUGAUAAACCCUCUAGGAAAGUGGACCCAAAGAAAUUUGCUGAAUUUAUGAAAAAGGCCCAAGAUGGAUCAAGAAUAAAGACAGAUAGUGAAGCAGACGAAAACAGCGAUCUUUCUGGUGAUGGGGAAAUUGGCUCUGGUGAGGAAGAUCAGCUCAUCUCCAUGUCAAGGACACUUACACCAACUACAGAGAACGUACAGAGAAGCAGACUAUUUGAAGCAGCAGAAAAUAUGGAUAAGCUAACAACAGAGUCAUAUAUGCAAUCAGAUUCUACAUCAGUCAUGCCAACAUUUACACGCGACUCUACAGAAAGAAGUGAAAGUCAAAGUGAUACAGUUUCACCACAAUUUUCACACAACAAAGGACUUCCUAGUGAUGAUGAGAACACAGAGUUGUAUACCUUGGAAAGAACCACCAAGCCAGGCCCAGUCACUCUUCAACUCACUGUGACAGACUCAUUACAAGAAACUCAGCUUCAGUUCUCCGGAGAACAACCUGUAGAGCCAGAGACCUCCACCAGUGCUGCACUCUUACUCACAACAGACCCUCAUGUCACUCCGAUGAAGGAUGGCCCAGGCCCUGUGGAGCUAAUCAUUCACACAUCCACAGACCCAGAAAGUCAGACUACAUUCACAGCUGUCACCACCACAGAGAGACAAGAAGAUGAAAUAACCCUCCACACAACCCAAACCAUAAAGUCUCCGCGGUUGUCUGCAGGAUCCACAAUCAUCUCAAGGCAGCAGAUCCAUAUCAUCCCAAACAAGAACAGCAGAGCAGGGGGCCGCAGGAGAACCUUCCCAGGGCGUAGGAGGAUCAUUAAGCCCAACAGAAUCACUGACAUUCAAUCCUUCAUCAAUAAACUAAAACAGCCCUCAGUGAAGAAGGAGGGAAAUGCAACAGUGCCUUAUAAAAUUGAACUUUCCACAGGUAAGCAGAUUUGUUUUGUGAGAGAAAUGUUGGGUAUCAGCUCCAUUUUUUGGUGAUUUGCUUGUUUUGCUAAUAUUUAGUGUAUCUUUGUCUUCUUCUUUACCCUCAGACUGUGGGGACUGUGAUGAAGACAAGAAAAAUACUAAUCUACAGGUGGUCAAACCAACAAGGGCUUCCAGUUUAUACAUAACAGAGAGGCCUGCUUUUACACCAAAACCUGUCAUUUCUACUGUAAACUCUUACGCAACCUCAAAAUCCCCCUCAGCACAUACUCAGUCAAAGAUAGAAGCUUCUAGUGGCUACUUUACCUCCGCAGAUUCCCCUGAAUUUUACACAACAGCUGAUUCAUUCUUCACCACAAAUAGGAAACCACUCAUUUCCACAACCACUGCCACUACUACAACUGCCUCAAAGGUUAUUCGUGGAAGAAUCCCAUGGAACAGACUGUUUGGAGGCAAAGACAAAGAAGCAAUACUGGGCAGGCUAAGAAAGCCGAUAAUCACACGAAAAACCUCAACUACAGCUGGACCUACGACAGCAACCCCAACCCCGACUCCAACCACAACCCCAAUGGUUUUUCUUACUAGCCCGGCAAAUUCACUAAUUGAACCCAAGACUUCGUCCCCAUCCAGACACACAGGCAGUGAAGAGGGCUCAUUUGAUGAUGGCUAUAAUGAUUUGUCUUCUGGAGAUGUUGAGGUUACAACACCAGGACCAAGCAUUGGCCUUAUAACUACAACCAGUUCACCUUUUUACUCCAGAUCCUCAACCACUGCUGAAACACCCCCAGAAUCCCAGACCCUACCUUCUCCACCCACCAUUCGACCACCCUCAAUGGAAAACACAGAUGACGCAACGUUAUCAGGUUCAGGAGGUCUGCCUGAUAAUUGGUUUGGGAGCAGACAGAGACCUGAUGGGACAAGGAGACAGCAAGGAAGAAGAAGGAGGCCCUUUAGGGGCAGGAGGCCCUUCAAGAAACCUGCAACCACUAAGUCACAACCUACUACAACUGAGGCUUCAACUACAGAGAUAACAACUGUAGAAACUACAAUGGAGACAACCAGACUAACACAGAGAACUGUUUCACUCCAUAAUCCCCUGUACACACCAACUAGGAAAGAGGACAGAACUCUAGUGACUGUUUCCACCAACCAAAAGGAGGAAAAUGACUUAUAUGAGAAGUUAGACUGGGACACAUCUGGCAGUUUACCCAUCUACACUACAACAGAAACACCCUUAAUCCCCUCAUCUACAUUUACCCCAUCCACCCCAUCCACGCCAGCAACCACAAAAAGACCUGAUACAACAGCUUGGUCCAGAGACAACAGCAACAUCAGACCCCCAAUCAGGAGCGUUAUACCCACUGUGCAGAGCAGUGGUACCAAAAACAGUGCAGAUAAUGACCUUACCAGUGAUACAAUGAUCAUCCUGUCAAGUUCCAAUAUUCCUGGCUUUGAACCAACGACAAAGGUCAUGACAAGCAAGCCUAAGAUCACAGGGGGCAAUGCAGCGAGCUUCACCGUAUUAUCCAACUCUGAUGCUUUCCUCCCAUGUGAGGCAGUUGGGAACCCUGAGCCAGUAGUAACCUGGAGACGCCUGUCGUCAAGCACAGGUAAAAAAAACAAUAUCAUUAUGUUCAUCACUGGUGAAAAAGGUUGAAUGGGUGUACAGACAGGAUGUACAGUCAAGGAGAGGACAAAAAGCAGGGGGAGAAUCAUAUUUCCUCAUUAAUAAUAACAAUAAAUGCAAGUGACUUUUUUUAUAUGUCAAAACUGCAAGUGUAGAAACUGAAGAUAAACACUGGUUCCAAUCGUGGACUAUAUAUGUGCCAACGACCUCAACAAGCACUGAAAUAAGUGGGGAAAUACAGUCUUAAUAGCAGGACAGGACAUCUUUAACAAAGGCAGUACAGUGACAUGCUGAUUCAGACUUUGCAUGCAUAGUUCAAAUUGUUGAGUGAGGGGCUUCACAAAGUAAAUUCGCAAGAAACUGAUUGUAGCUCAAUCCCUGAAACAAGAAGUGGUGAUGUAUCUGAGGUCACAAAAUUGCCUGUCCUUAUGUGACUAUUCCACAUGGGCACAUCAAAGGUGCAAUGUUUAAAAUAAUUUUCUUCAUUUAUGAUUUGAUUAUAAAGUUUAUAAAAAAAGCAAUAUAGGACACAAGUUAAGAAGAGUCAAAAUUUUGCAAUUUUUUAAACUGAAUGUUUCAACAAUACUUUGUUCUUGUCUUCAGGAAACACCAUUGCCAUUUCAGGAAGAAUGGGAAAGUUUGAGGUGCUGACUAAUGGCACACUGUUGAUCCAGAAUACCAAUAUAAAAGAUCGUGGUCAGUACCUCUGCCUCGCUGAGAAUGACCAUGGAUCAGACAAACUCCUCGUCACCCUCUCUGUUGUGGCCUACCCUUCACGCAUCCUGGAACCAAAAUUGCGCGACAUAAAGUCUCAUGCAGGACACACUGUGGAGAUGAAAUGUAAAGCAGAGGGUCGGCCCACACCUGCAAUAUCAUGGAUCCUAGCCAACCGAACCCAGGUCAGGGGUGAAAAUACAGAGAAGGGAAGAGUGUCAGUAUCUUCUGAGGGAACUCUGGUCAUCGAACAGGUGUCUGUUUAUGACAGAGGACUUUACAAAUGCAUCGCCAGCAAUCCAGCUGGAGCUGACACUGCUACAGUCCGACUGCAGGUGGUGGCAGCACCCCCGGGCAUUAAGGAGGAUAAACGUCAGCAGCUAAAAGCUGAUGUUAGCCAAAACUUAUGGAUUCCCUGCACUGGCCAAGGCAGCCCACAUCCCACUGUGCACUGGGUCCUCAAUGACGGGACAUUAAUCCGAUUUAACCUACCUGCAAGAAACCCAAGGAUGUCUGUUUCUGCCAACGGAACCCUUCACAUUAAGGCUGUAACUCCGGCAGACGAUGGGAAAUAUGAAUGUAUUGCUACCAGCUCAACUGGCUCAGAGAGGAGGGUGGUAACUCUGAUAGUUGAAAAACAAGAAUCAGCCCCUAAAAUAGUGGCGAUAUCUCAGCGCGUGACUGAGUUGUUCUUUGGGGACAGGCUUCGGCUCGACUGUUCAGCUUCAGGGGACCCCAUACCCAGGAUCAUGUGGAGACUGCCGUCUAAAGCUGUGGUUGACCAGUGGCACAGGUAAAAUGCAGAGAGAAAAAGAUGGCAUUUACAGAUACAUAGAUUACUAAUAAAAGCUAAAAUAGGAAAAGACGUUCUUGAACUGUUGUUAGGGCCAUGCAGAACUUCAGUAGUUAGUUCUCAGUCACUAACUGUGUGUUUUUCAUGUUUUUCUCCAGAAUGGGCAGCAGGAUUCAGGUACAAGACAACGGUACCCUAAUCGUUAACACUGUUAGCGAUAAAGACGCAGGAGACUAUCUCUGUGUGGCAAGAAACAAUAUUGGAGAUGAUCUUCAACUCCUGAGAGUCAGUGUUACAAUGAAACCAGCCAAGAUAGAGCCCAAACUCUAUGAAAAGAAGCAGGUCCCCUAUGGUAAAGACUUGAAGGUUGACUGUAAAGCAUCAGGAGCACCAAAGCCAGAGAUCUCUUGGGGAUUACCGGAUGGAACAGUGGUUAACAGCGCUCUUCAGUCAGAUGCAAGCAGUGGAGGAGGACGAGCACGUCGCUACACAUUAUUUGACAAUGGGACUCUUUAUCUAAACCAGGUAUAUAGUUGCAUAUUACUAAACUUGUGUGACAUAAAUGCCUUUCAGAUUUCUAACAUCGCUUUGUUAUACUUCCACAGGUUGGUAUGUCAGAGGAAGGAGACUACACCUGCUAUGCUGAGAACCAGGGGGGCAAGGAUGAAAUGCAUGUCCAUAUCAGUGUGGUAAUGGCACCACCAAGGAUACGUACAUCCGGCCCAACUUAUGCCGUAGUGAUGCCUGGAGGAAACCUUCGCUUUGAUUGUGAAGCACUUGGGGAACCAAAACCCAAGAUCAUGUGGAUACUACCAUCCAAUGAUGUAAUUGCUGCAUCAAAUGAUCGAUACUUAAUGCAUGUUAAUGGCUCUCUGGAUAUAAGAGCUGUGAGGCUUAUCGAUGCGGGGGAGUAUGUUUGCAUUGCUCGAAACCUUGCUGGAGAAAAGAGAAAUGUCUACAAGCUUGAUAUAAAUGGCAAUCCACCAGUGAUCAAUGGUUUCCGACAGAAUAGGACCGUCAUCAAAGAUGUGGCUGCUAAAUUCUCCAGAAAAUUAAUAGACUGUAAGGCUGAGGGUAGUCCUGCUCCUAGUGUCACAUGGAUUAUGCCAGAUAACAUCUUUCUGAAAGCACCGUAUUUUGGCAGCCGGAUCAACGUUCACCAUAACGGGACACUGGAGUUUCGCAAUGUGCGGCCAACUGAUACAGCAGAGUUCAUUUGCGUGGCAAGAAAUGAUGGCGGAGAGGCUGUAAUGGUGGUACAGCUGGAGGUUACCAGUAUGCUACGAAGGCCGAUCUUCAAAAACCCCUUUAAUGAACGCAUCGUGUCUAUGUUUGGGAAAACAACAGUUCUGAACUGCUCUGCUGAUGGACGCCCAACCCCAGAAGUGACAUGGACUUUCCCAAAUGGCACACGAGUCACCGGUGAACACCAACACGACUCUCAACAUCGCAUAGACAAUGAUGGAACUUUGGUUAUCUACAACCCUCGCAAAGAGGAUGCUGGGAAGUACCGCUGUGGUGCCAAGAACUACCUGGGCUACAUAGAGAAACUAAUAGUUUUGGAUGUUGGUGAAAAGCCUUACAUUUUAACACGGCCGAGAGGCAUCAUACGCAGUAUGUCUGGAGAACCUCUUUUUCUUCACUGUUUAUCCGAUGGGAGUCCUAGGCCCAAAAUCUACUGGACCAUUCCUGGGGGCCACACUCUUACUAGGCCUCAAGUCCAUGGGCGCUACCAGUUACUAGAGAAUGGAACUUUAGUUGUUAAGGAUACUACUAUCCAUGACCGAGGAAGUUACAUCUGCAGGGCUCGGAAUGAUGCUGGGGAGGCUGUGCUGACUGUCCCUGUAAUUAUCAUUGCCUACCCACCAAGGAUCACAGUAGCUCCAUCUGCUAGUGUGAAGGCUAUAACUGGGAAACCUAUCCACCUGAACUGUGCUGCGGUUGGGAUCCCCAAACCAGAGAUCACCUGGCAGCUUCCUGAUCAUUCUGUCCUGACUGCUGCAGAACAGGGACGGCCCUCUGGUAGUGAACUACUCCAUCCUCAGGGCACACUUAUCAUCCAGAGGCCCACAGCCUCAGACUCUGGCACAUAUAAGUGCCUGGCAAAGAACAGCCUAGGCACAGACUUUAAAGUCACAUAUGUUCAUGUAUUGUGA